CUCACCUACCAAACUGUCCACUUCACCACCAGAAAGCAACAAAGGUAGUGCUGGUCAUAAAAUGGAUUCCCUCAGCACAGCAAACAUUGAAUUUUGCCUUGAUGUGUUCAAAGAGCUGAACAAUAACCAUGUGGAAGAUAAUAUCUUCUUUUCCCCACUGAGUUUGCUUUAUGCUCUGAGUAUGAUCCUCCUUGGUGCCAGAGGAAACAGUGCAGAACAGAUGGAAAAGGUGCUUCACUUUAAUCAUAUUGCAGAAUCAUUAAAGCCAGAGUUUAAGGACUCAGCUAAGUGCAGCCAAACUGGAAGGAUUCACUCAGAGUUUGGAGCCCUAUUCUCUCAAAUCAACCAGCCAGACUCUAACUAUACCCUCAGAAUCGCUAACAGACUCUACGGGACACAGACAAUGGCAUUCUAUCAGCAAUAUUUAAGUUGUUCUGAGAAACUGUAUCAAGCCAGGCUUCAAGCUGUUGAUUUUCAAAAGUCUACGGAAGAAACCAGGAAAACUAUUAAUGCUUGGGUUGCAAGCAAAACUAAUGGAAAAAUUACAAACCUCUUCGGAAAGGGCACAAUCGACCCUUCUUCUGUGAUGGUCCUGGUGAAUGCCAUAUAUUUCAAAGGACAAUGGCAAAAUAAAUUUCAGGAAAGAGAGACGAUUAAAACCCCUUUUCAGCUAAGUGAGGGUAAGAGCGUAAUUGUGGAAAUGAUGUAUCAAGUGGGAAGGUUUAAAUUGGCCGUCAUAAAGGAGCCGCAGAUGCAAGUGCUUGAGCUGCCCUACGUGCAGGACAAACUAAGCAUGAUCAUCCUGCUUCCCAUGGGCACGGUGACUCUAGAACAGAUAGAGAAGCGGCUGAACGCGAAGAUGUUUCACAAGUGGACCAGCUCCUCCAACAUGAUAGAAAGGAACGUCGAAGUCCAUUUGCCCCGAUUCAAACUGGAGAUCAAGUAUGAGCUGAAUUCCCUGCUAAAAUCCCUCGGGAUGACAGAUAUCUUCCACCAGAGUAAAGCUGAUCUGUCUGGAAUGUCACCAGCUAAGGGCCUGUAUGUAUCAAAGGUCAUCCACAAGUCAUAUGUGGAUGUCAACGAAGAGGGCACGGAGGCAGCAGUGGCCACUGGGGACAACUUCGUCAUGAAAAGACUCCCCAUCCGAGCUCAGUUCAUGGCGAACCAUCCUUUCCUGUUCUUCAUAAGGCAUACUGGCACCAACACCAUUCUCUUCUGUGGCAAGCUUGCCUCUCCCUAAGCAAAUGGGGUUGAGCAAGGCUCAGAGUCACAGAGGAGGUGCAGGGAUAAGCCCAUGACUCAGAGCAGUUCCCACCUAUCACACCUUUGUGCCUCAGUUUGCUUGUCUGAAAAUGGGUUGAGGAUCUCUCCCAACUUAUUCCAUGAGUUUCUGAACCCUAAGAUUAUGAUAACCAUGGAAGAAGGUAUAUUUACAGAAAAUGCUUUUCUGGCUCUCUUAUCUUUGGGGCCUCAUUUUAGUACUGUCUGGUGACAUAAUCAAGUCAUUGAGGGAAAUUUUAAAGAAUUACAUUUUCUUGACUUGUGUAUAUCAGUGAGUUCUUGAAUAAGUGACCACUCCACCUCUAGAAAACCAAUCAAAGGGUUCCCACUUUGGUUGGAUUUUAAAAUA